AUGGAUCACCAGACUCAAUUCAACUUGUCACAUAUCCUGGGGCAAGCAGUGGAUGUUGCAAAUUACAACACCUUUCAACAUCAGCUGCACGGAUAUGGAAACAUAAGUACUGUCGGUAACAUCACAAGCAUUGGAGGUACCACGGUAGUUCCCGUAACACACUCGGUAACGGUGCAGGAUGUCGGCGCAGCAGCGGGGCACAUUGCCGGAGCCUCGGGUAUGGUCACAAUGGGUUAUGCUCACCAUCCACAGUCAGCACCAGGGCAGUCGUAUCAUGCCGUCUUUAACAACAUGACAGUCACUCACGUUACGCCACAGAUGCCACCCCCACAGGUUCAGUAUUUUUCCUAUGAAGCCCCGAGUAUGAAUAUGCGAACACAAUCUUUGCACCCUCACCAAGCACCUCCACAGCCCACAAACCCACAGGGUCAAGUAAAGUAUGGUAACUGUUCUCUUUCCCUUCAAACAGUUAACUCUACACUGCCUCUUAAUUGCACUGUAUCUGUACCAAGAGGACGGACGGGAGAAUCGGCCACGCUCAAAGAUCAAGAACUUACUCGUGAAAAAGAUAACGUUAGAAAGAGAAAACCGAGGAGAGAAGGGAUCAGCUCUAAGCUGUGCCGCAAGAAGCGCAGAAAUCGUGGAGAGUCUUACGUCAAUGCUGCAGGGAAACUUGUUGAUGCUAAAAAGUUUGUGGAUCAAGACUGUCAGUGUAAGAAUAAAUGUUUAUCAAAACUUGGAACAGUGACAGAUAGAGAGAAUAUAUUUAGGGAGUUCUGGAAUAUUGGUGACUUUGGGCAACAGAACAUUUAUCUCACAGAAAAUGUGAUUCUCUUGCCAAAUGUAGUGAAGAGACGAAGGAAUCCAUUACCAGAUGACAAGCACCUGAAAACUGUCAGAAGACUUUACUGUGUCAGAUUAUCUAAUUGUGGUAGACAGAUUCGUGUCUGCAAGUCAAUGUUUUUAAUUCUACACGGAGUCUCUAAUGGUCGACUCGAUCGUGUCCUACAAGCUGUCAGUUGUGAACAUCCUGAAGCACUCCAGGUAAUAUCUCCCUAUACUCUGUGUCUCUAAAGGCUGUAAAGC